CUCUACGGUAUAUUCGUCGUCGUCUUCGUCUUUUUCCUGCCCUUCGAAGCAGUCUUCCCUCUCUCGGUACUUAUCUGCCUUAAAAAGCGGAGAAGAAGUUCCUUAAUUGAAUUCUCCUUUCGUGCAAUUUGGUUUCUUUCUGCGGAUUCAAGAUACCGCCGGAGGAAUCGGAGACCCUCCGCAACGGAUUUACAAGGUUUUCCUUAUCUCGUAUGAGACAAUUCCUUUCCCCUAGGAUAAUUACUAUUACUAUGAGGUGAAUUUGUGCCUUGAUUAUGUGGAACCGCACAAUUGUUCACGGAUGAGGAAGUUCUUUUCAUUCAGAUCGGUGGAAUCUAGCAGUCCAAAUGGCAAUUCUCCACAUCCAGGUCAUUCAUUUUCUGAUGACUUGGUCUGUUGUGAGAAAUUAGGGGACAGUCAUUCAAAUUUUUCACUGCGUGAGAAGGUCCAUGAUCAUUCCCAGACAGUGAAAGACAGCACUCUUAGCCCUCAAUAUCCAGAAAAUGAAGAUUCAUCUCAUUUACUUCUUAGAAGAAGCUUUUCACUAUCAUCCUGUGCCAUGAACGGCGGUGGCUUCAGAGAUGGAAAUCUUAUUUCUUCGAGUGAUUUGAGCAGACCAGCAUCUAGUAGUGGCAAUUCACCACAUCGUGCAUCUAGUUUCCGGAUGCACUGCCAUCCACUGACACAAGAGAGAUCUACAAGACCUAGAAGCUGUGAACAGCCUCCAUCUCAGCAUUUUCAUGCUGUUCAGAAAUAUAGUUCUCUUAAAUCAUUAAGAGAAUGUGAAAUUCCAUCAAAUUCACCAAACAGUUCUCCAGUUCCUUCAAGAUGCAAUGUGGUUCACCUAUCAUGUUUUCCAAAAGGAAAUGGACUUCUUGACCAGUACAUUGAUGCAGAGGAUCAGGAAGUUCAACCUGAGACACAUACCGAAAAAUGUUUAUCUGAAUCUGGAAUUAACUGUUCCUUGGCAGAGAAUCAAGCACAUCCAAGUGCGGGAAGUCCACAACAAUUUUGGUCUGUGGCACUGUCUUCACCAAUGUGCAGGAAAGAGAAUUCUAAAACUUUAUCAGUUAGGGAGGAGAUUGAUUCGUCUCAUCACCCAUCUGCACGAAAUUGGGCAAGAGAUGAUUCUGAGACAGUAUCCACAUCAAGAUGCAUACAAAAGAGUAUUAAUAAGUCAUCACAUCCAUUUCAUGGAAGAUUAUCAAUGAAUGCCCGAGAUUAUGACUCUGAAAGUACUACUACCUUUGAGGAUAUUUACAUGGAUUCAUUUGAAAUGCAGCCUACUUUGCAUUCAGAUGGCACUGUGCAACAUUUUUCAAUCGAUGACCAUUCAAGUUACAAGAAUUUAACUGGUCAUUUCGCUCAGGAUUUAUUGGGGCUUGAGAAGUAUGAUUGUUUUCUUGAAAAUGGAGCAACGAGCACUAGAAAUGGUAAAGCAAUGAGUUCUGGGCUACAAGAUACAGAUGAAGUGUUGCAUAAAAAGUUGAAAGAGGUAGAUAGGAUGAUUGAGCUCCUACCUGAUGAGGACUUUGAUCUUGAGGAACUUCAGAGUGGUGAUUCGAACGUGCCUUCAUUGUUUCAAGCAAUUGAAAAUAUUAAAGAAGUCAGGAAAUUCUUGGUGCUAGAGCUCUCAGCACAAAUAAAAUGCAGACUUGCAGAAAGGCAUGCUGCAAAAGGGCAUUUGAGACGAGCUAGGAUAGAUCUCAAGACUCAAACUAGAAGGCUGGAACAGGAGAAGAAUGAACUUCAGUUUAUUUUAGAGAAAGAACUAGAUAGAAGGUCAAGCAGCUGGUCCAUGAAGUUUGAAAAGAUUCAGUUGGAGGAGCAGUGGCUUCGGGAACGGGUAAGGGAACUGGCAGAGCAAAAUAUGUCUUUUCAGAGAGAAAUUUCUUCACUUAAAGGCAUUAAAGGGGAUAGUCAAACUAGGGUUGUGGAUUCUGAAAUAGAACUAACUAAUCUAACAGCUACUUUGGAGCAACUAGGAAUAGAGAAUUACAAUCUUCAGAAAGGCUUCUCAGAGCUGCAGGAGCACUUCGAUGCAACUGAAAAGGAUCGGGAUUGUAUCAGAAGAUGCUUACGUGAGAAAGAAAGGGAGAACAAGGAGUUGCAAAAGUUAGUUGUACGUUUACAGCGAACAAUCAAUGAACAAGAAAAGACUAUUAAUGGAUUGCGGAAAGGAUUUAGUGAUGAGACUGAAAAUAAAACUACAGAUGGAAGUGACCAAUUAAGGAUGUUGCAGAUGGAGCAGCUAAGGUUGACAGGCCUUGAACAGAAACUGAGGAAGGAGUUAAAGACUUUCAAGCAUGAAGUAGAGACACUCAGGCAUGAGAACAUUGGCCUAUUGACUCGUUUACGAGCUGCUGGAGAUGGCCGUCAGUUCUCAUCGAUUAAGCUAGACGAGGAGCUUCAUGCUCGACUAGAUUGCUUGCAGACUGAGGGCUUGUCCUUGCUCACUGACAUUAGUCACUUCAGUAGCAAUUUGUUAGGAUGCCUUAGGCACAAACAAUAUGAACAUGGACAGGAGGAUGAAAAUAACACUGAUGGAUAUUCAUUUAUCGAUUAUAUUAUCAAAAGCCAGAGUUUUAGCAGACGAUAUGAAAAUUUUAGAACGAGUUUACAAACUAUAGCAACAAUUUUGGAUGAGAAGUCAGAUUUACAAGCUACAGAACGCCAGUCACUGUCAACAGAAUUUGGCAUGUCAAGGCAGUCAGAGGAUGAAUUAGAAGCUAAAUUGAAGGCCGAGGUUAUCUUGACUAGAUUACUACGAGAGAAACUGCGUUCAAAUGAAUUGGAAUUCGAGCAACUAGAGGCAGAUUUGGCUUCCUCUGUUCGGGUUCAUGAUGUCAUGCAAACUGAGAUCCAGAGGAUGCAAGAUGAAGUCUCUUGUCUUACCCACAAGACAAUGGACAUGGAGCUUAAGAUGCUGCAGAAAGAUGAAAGCAUUAAGCAGCUUGAGAAUGAGUAUCAGGAGUGCACAAAGGAACUAACUGCAGCCCGAAAUAUAUGUUUGAAGAUAACUGAGGAGAGAAACCAUAUGUGGGAAGAAGUGAAAAGUUCAAAAGAGAAGAUCAUGCUUCUUAAUUAUGAAGUUCUUUCUCUUAGAAAGAAGAUUGAAGAACUUGAAGAAGACAUUCUUACCAAGGAGGGGCAGAUUGCUAUCUUGAGAGAUAGUCUUGAGAAGCCAUUUGACAUCCUCUGUGCAUAGUCCUGGAUCAGUGAAAAGAAUUUCACUGGGAUGAGUUAUGAUGAAGUUCUCGGGCAGUGAUAUCUUCUCUGCCAUCUAGUUUUAGUUAUCUUGGUAUUUACUAUUUCUACACUUUUGUUGCAUCAUUUUCAGGUUAGAUGGCAAUUGUAGCUUCUAUUAGAUAAUAUUUGUUGAUCUAAAUGUUCUUUUUUGCAUUUGCAAUGAUAGCAAAUUUAGGAUAAAUAUGAGUUAUGGGAGAGAGACAAAAGAUAAAAGAGAUGGGGAAAACAUGACAGAUGUGAGUCAAUCAAACGCUCCAAACAUAAAAGGAAAAUGGGUAGAAUAUUUUAUAAAAUAUUCUAUGCGGAGACAAUCUUCAGUCUCCUCUAACAAUCUCUCCUUGAUCUUUUCUCCACAUGGACGAUAAGGGUGGGACAAUUUACAAAUGUUUGUCUUGGAUCCUUAUCCAUAUGGACAGCCUAAUAGGAGAUAGUUUUAGUUUUUUUCUUCACGACACACAAAAGACGUGUCGGAUGGUAAAUAGUUGAUGAUAUACUCCCGAGAAUAAAAUACUGUUAUUCAUUUCUUCUCUCACCAACUUGUGUUGAAAAUUUUCUUACAUCAUUUUACUUGCAUUUAGGAUUUGCUACAGAGCUAUGUUUACAGAAGUCUGUACUGGUGAUGCUGAAUGAUGGAGGGGUCAUAUAUGCUGGUUCCGAUAAAAGUAGAUCAUAUCGAAAAGCUUUCAGAUUCUGAAUACCAUAUUUCAUAUUUUCUCCACUUCUGAAAUCUUCAUAAACCAUUGAAGGUUUCAUUGUAAAAUGCAGUAAUAGCUGAUGCAGUCAAAGAAAUGGUGAUUCUUGUUAUACUGUAAUUAAUGCCUUGAGAGUUGCUUACUAGUUUGUUCUACAGGUUAAUGAUCUUUGGUCAUGCUGAUGUUAAGAAUGAUAAGAAUUAGAUGAUCCUUCUUGGUUUCA